AACUCAUUUCUCACCAGUACGCGCGCAAACGCCGGCCAGCGCGCACGCGUCCAUAGAUAAUAUAAUAAAAUGCGCGGCAAAACAGUCGAAACUUAGCUCGAAUUAAGUGCCUUUAAGUUUUAUAGACAAAUAAUGUGAUAGUAAUUAAUAAGUGAAAUUAUUUCCUGUGAUACUGUGUACAGAUACUUUUAUUUAAUAGACAAAGUGAAAUUAUACUACAAUGGCGGACGAGAAGAGCAGCUUGACAGGACCUAAUCUGACGAAUUUCCCUAACGAGAUGACAGGCUACGGCACUUUGAAAGACUCCGUACCAUUCAUCAAGAAUGGACUACAAGGUACCAUCACGAAGACUCCAAUACCUGAGAAGCCCGGCAAGCCUGGAAGGGGCAAAGCCCUGAGGCAGGUGGUGGCAUCCUUCAUCGCCAACCUGGGUACCAUCAAUACUGGCAUGGCGUUUGGAUUCUCCGCUACCUCUCUACCGCAGUUGAAAAGCCCGGACUCCUUUAUUCAUAUUAAUAACGAUCAAGCCAGUUGGAUAGCCAGUUUAAGUGCAGCCGGUACGCCGAUAGGAUGUAUCGUCAGUGGAUACCUCAUGGACAACAUUGGACGCCGAAGGACUCUCAUCAUCACGGAAAUACCGCUCAUAUUCGGAUGGCUUAUGCUUGCUUUUGCGCAGAACGUUCCUAUGUUGUAUAUUGGCAGGUUGAUGAUCGGCUUCGGUUCUGGCAUGGUGGGCGCUCCAGCUCGAGUCUACACGUGUGAAGUGUCCCAGCCACAUCUUAGAGGAAUGCUCGGCGCUCUCGCUUCUGUCGGCGUGUCUACCGGAGUUCUGAUACAGUACGUGAUAGGCAGUGUGACGUCAUGGAAUAUUCUAGCAGGAAUCAGUGCCACGAUACCAAUCCUCUCACUCCUGGGAAUGCUGCUCCUCCCAGAGACUCCCAACUACCUCCUACAGCAAAACAAGAGGGAGAGGGCCGAAAGUUCCCUCACCAAACUGAGAGGCUCCACCUGCAAUCUGGAAGAUGAAAUCCAAAAGAUGAUCGCGUUUAAAGAGAAGAACCAUGUUGAACCGUUGAAGGGAUUCCGUGAAAUAGUCAAAGCCUUGUUGUCUCCGUCCACGCUGAAACCGUUCACGAUCCUGGCGAUCUACUUCUUCGUGUACCAGUGGUGUGGAGUCAACACCAUCACUUUCUACGCCAUCGAAGUUUUUGAAGCAUCAGGUGCGAUGGCGAACAAGAACUGGCUGGCUAUCUCCAUGGGUAUUGUGCGUGUCAUAUUCACUGUCAUCGGCUGUAUACUCUGCAGGAAAUGUGGCAGAAGAGUGCUUACCUUCGUCUCUGCGUUCGGUUGCGGCGUGACGAUGAUCAUCCUGUCGGUGUACAUGUACUUCAUCAAGUUCUGGAAGGACCACGACAUGCCUCCGCAGUACUCCUGGGUGCCGGUCGCCAGCAUCUUCCUCUUCGUCAUCUUCUGCACGCUCGGAUACCUGAUCAUACCCUGGGUCAUGAUUGGUGAAGUUUAUCCUACGCAGGUCCGUGGUAUAGUGGGCGGUAUGACGACGUGCGUGGCCCACAUGUCUGUGUUCUCCGUGGUGAAGACGUUCCCCUUCCUCAAGAGCCAGCUGAACGACUACGGAGUUUUCGGCCUUUACGGAACCAUGUCUCUACUCGCGAUAAUAUACUUCUACUUCUACCUUCCUGAGACCAAAGGGAGAACUUUACAAGAAAUAGAAGACUACUUUAGCGGCAGAACUAAGUCCUUGACGAGACGUAACACGCAGUGCGAAGGAGCGUGAUCGAGUGAUUGGAAUGUGAUGUGAUGUGAUGUGAUGAAGAAUGAGGUCUGAUUGUGAUACAUGUGGUGUGAAUUGAAUGAGCUUACAAUCUCGAUAGUCAUUUGUAAAGUUACCACUCUAAGGUUGUAUAUUGGUUACAUCAAGAAGCUGGCUCUUUUUGAGUAAAACUGAUAUUGCUAUAGUUUUUGUGAGCUCGUCAAUUCAUACGUACUGUGAAUAGUGUGCAAUUGAUGCUAUAAAAUAAUAAUUAAAUGUACAUAAAGAAGCUAUUUUGGAGUUACACAUUAAUAAUACUGUGUGCUGCAUAACUACAUAUAAAAAUAUAAGAAGACAUUAUAAACCAUAUCGUUUUAUAAUAACCGUAGAUGGCAGCACUAUAGCUUGUCCCAAUUUACUACUGUCAAACUAAAAGUCAAAUUAACACCUGUCAAUGUCAAAAGUUGAAAUUAAAAAAAAAAACAGAGGAACAAGCUAUUAUGACGUCAUCGAUGAAAACAAGUUAUUGUCUCGUACAAUAGAUCUUACCAAUUUUAUAAAGAAGAAGACAUGUUUUUAAGUACAAUUUUUAUGACACGGUACGAAUAUCGCAACAAGCAACUAUAUUUGGUAUGCACUAAACGAUAGAGUUGAAUAUUGUCUGAAUCCUAAAGAUACUGAGAUACAGAGUGCCUUUGAUCGAGGCAUUUUAUUUACUUAACUGUUGUUUGUGUUAUUAAUUUGUUGACUUAUGAGAAGAUUUAAGGCCUAUUUUCACGUGAUUUUAUCAAAAAAAAAAUAAAGAAAAAGUUAAGUUUUUCACAAUAUUUCGAAAACACUUAGUAAAAAUCCGCGUUGUAUUAAGCUUUUUGUUGUUCAUUUUCCUGAUAUAAUUUCCAACGGUUUUUUGUUCAUAAAUGUUCCAUUAUUUAUUACAUCAAUCAAAUGAAAAAAAAUAUACUGUUAUUAUUAUUACCACUGGAAUGAACUAAAAUAAUAAUUAUUAUUUAUGAUACGGUCAUUACAUUUUUCAAGAAAUAAAAAAAAUAAGAUAACAUGUAAAUAAUUACGUGAAAAAAGGUUUUAAAUAUUGUGAUACGAGAGUGAAGUGUUAGUUGUAAGUAUGUUGUAUAUUUUGUGAAAGUAUUAUACUGUAGUCUGUUUGUAUGUAAUAAGUAUAGAAUAAAUAUUUUUGUAGAUAUUGUAUAAGUACGUAUAAAUGUGCCAUUUUUAUUAAUGUUUUCAUCACAAAUAUCGAGUCAGAAACUGAAAUUGUGAUACACAGACAACGAUUCACAACGAAAAUCUUGAAAAAAGUGUACAUAAUACAUAUUAAGAAUUUUAUAUAUGUAUAUUAUUAUGACAUAAAUUAUUACAAAAAUUGUUGUCGUCUUAAAACAAUUUCAUUUUAUUUUUACAAAAAAAAAAUAAUAAUGAUUGACGUUACCAUUUUUCGUUGUUGCAAACAAUAAUAAUGCAUUUUAUUUAUUAAAUAACAUAAAAAAUACCUAAUAAUUUAUUAUUUUUAAUGAAAUUAAUAGUGAAGCAUUUUGUGAUAGUGAUUUAGAAUAGUCCUAGAAUAAAUGUUAAAAAAAAUGUUGAACAUAUCUGAUUUAAUAAAAAUAAAUAAAAAUA